AUGAUGAACGUCUUCUUUGAGUCCAGUUUCUUCCAAACAAACAAAGGCAUUGCGCUGCCUACACCGUCGGAGAUCAGGGCGAUCAACGAGGCGUCAGGUGAUUUUAGGAAAACCUAUUUCCACCGAGCGGCACCUGUCAAGAUUCCGUCGUUGGGCCUGUUUGUCAAAUAUGGACGUUGUAUAUCCAUUGUUGAGGCAAAAACGCAAAGAAUGUUGCACACAGUCCUUAAAGAUAGAGUGCCCGUUCCCGAGGUCUUUGGCUGGGCCGAAGAUGGAGGGCAAGCGUUUAUCUAUAUGGCUCUGAUCGAAGGUGAUAUGUUGAUGGAAAGGUGGGAUGGCCUGAACGAGGGGGAAAAACAAAGCAUUUGCCACGAACUGAAAUACAUGGUUCAGCAGUGGAGAGGUCUUCAGCAGGACGUAUCGGACUCUUAUAUCGGCAGUUUUGACGACAGUCCACUCCAGGACAUUUUCCUUCUUGGUCAUCCCGAGUGUGCAGGUCCUUGGAGAGGAGCAGAUGCCGUGCGGCAAUUUCAAAGUGCUUGUGAAAUCGACGCCAGCAGCGAUGCCCCUAUUCGCUUUACGCACAGUGACCUUCUACCCCCCAACAUCCUGCUAUCGCCUGGACCGACUCCAAAGGUGGCAGCAAUAAUUGACUGGGCCCAAGCUGGAUGGUAUCCUGCCUAUUGGGAGUAUUGCAAAGCGCGAUGGAUUAAUUUGGCACCAGAGCAUUUUGAUGGAGCUUUACUAGAUGAAUGGCGUCGAAAGUAUCUACCGCUGUUUCUCGACCCAGUGGAUGAUGAGACGGAGUAUCAUCCCUGGGUCUGGUUUGUGUUAUCCAAGGGAAUUUGA